AUGGGAGACUCUUUCUUGGCGUAUGCGAAGGAGCUCUACAGAGCUGGGAAAGUGAAAGAAGCCUACUUUAUGGCGGAAUUCGUCUCCCGCAACGAUCCGUGUUGCCUCGGCACUCAGCGGUACCUCGCCGUGUACGGCGUCCAUGCAGCCGCUCUGAAGCGGAUCGGGCUUUCGGCGAUCGAUUGGUACGCUGUACUGGGCAUCCAAGACCACAGCACGGCUUCCCCAGAGAGAAUCACUCACCAGUUCGUCAAGCUCCGGAAGCUGAUCGGUCCGGUCCGUUUCACCUACCCGGAUCAGGACCUCGACCCGCUGACGACAGCCGCGGCGGAGGAAGCGUGCAGCCUACUCAACAAAGCGUACGAAACCCUCUCCGACGAGAAGUUGAGGUCGGAGUUCGACGCCGAGUGUCAGAUCAAGCCGAAGGAAGAUCUCCCGCUUCCUCCGCCGCCUCCUCCUCCUCCGCUCAAGGGUUCAGGGACUAUCGCCACCGCCUGCUCUGUUCCAGCCGUUAGUGUAUUGAGGAAAGGGGAUCACAAACCACCGGUGAAGCUACCCCCACCGCCGCUGAAGACAUGCAACACCACCUGCCAUAGCCCUAUUCCAGCAGUUGAAGUAAAUAUCAGGGGAUACCGCAGAGCGCCGGAAAAGGAAACGCCUCCGCCGCCCAAGAGUUGGAGGACCACCUGCCGCAGCUCUGUUCCAGUCGUGAAAGUAACAAGCAAAAGAUACCGGAGAGCGUCGGAAGAGCUAAAGCCGUCUACGCCGCGGGAGGGAUGGAGGAGGACCACCUGCCGCAGCUCUGUUCAAGUGAUUAGCAAAGGGUUUCGAAGACCAUCGGGGAAGCUACUACCGCCGCAGCAUUGGGAAGAUGAUGAUGCUAGGAGGAUCCGUGUAUCGUACAGAAGACGCUGCCGGGACGUUCCAGAGGAUGAUUCAAGUUCCCGGCGUAGCUCGUGGAGGCAGGCUGGAAUUUGGUAG